GCUGCUGGCCCGUGGCGCUGUACUGUGUACGUGGUGCAGGACAAUCUGCAGCCUGCGUUGGAGCUCAUCAGCCGCUUUGCUAUGUGGCGGUACGAGAUGCCCGACUUGAAGGGAGGGAGCCCUGACGUGCUCUGGCUGCAGGUCACGGUGCGUCCGUUCUGCGCGAUCCAGAUCGCGCAAGCGUUGCCGGUGAAGGUGCCGGUGGAGAAGGCGGCGGCGGCGGAGAGCGGUGCGAUGCUUGGCGGUGCGCCGCCAUCAUGGAGCGGCGAGCAGGUGGUGACAGAGUUGGGCGGCAACACCUUCCCGCUUCGCUGUGUUGUGGGCGAGAACUGGCAGGGCGGCUGGCGCACGAAGGCAGGCAUGGAGCUGGCUGCGCGCGAGCCCGGCGCCACUUACGAGUGGACCCCGCGGCCGAAAGGCCAGGGAAAACAUUACAGCAGCCGCACCGCCUCGCAAGGCAAGCGGCAGCGGGCGCUGGCUGACCUGAGGAGUGAG